GUCAUCAAUAGCGACGAAAACUGAGCUCGGCGCGCGCUUUGUGUUAAACCUGAGCAGUAAACUAGAGGCAGUGAACUCUUGCCGUUGAGUGAUACGGGGGUAUUACAUCAGCUAGAGGCAGAAGCAAAGAAGAAGCAGAUGCCGUUUACUGUAACGCCAAGAUGGAUGUGAAGGAAGAGACUUGUGAGGCUGACAUAAAUGCCAUGGAGAUAAUGACUGUAAAUAUUAAAGAUGAAGACUGUGAGUGGGAGUCUGUCUGCCCUAACAAAGAGAGUCUCUGCAUUAAGAAUGAGGAUUAUGAACUGGUUACUGUGGGCAUUAAAGAAGAAACAGAGGAGACGUCUGUCAGCGUUGAGACAAGCACACGAAAAAGUAUGGAGUGUAUUGACCUCAAGGUGGGGUCUGAAUUAUUACAUUCUGACACAAAGAGGACCAAGGAAGUGUCACGUGUUAGAACUCGGGAAGAUCAUCCAUCAGCUACACAUCAAUCUGCAGAACGAAACAAACCUCACUGCUGUUUUGAAUGUGGCAAACAAUUCUGGUACAGGAGUGCUCUUCAGAGCCACAAACGAAUUCACACCGGAGAGAAGCCAUAUUGUUGCUUGGAGUGUGACAAACAGUUCUCUGACAGGAGUGCACUUCAGAAACACACAAGGAUUCACACUGGAGAGAAGCUGUAUUGCUGUAAUGAAUGUGGCAAACAGUUCUCACAAACUGGCCAUCUCCAGAGCCACAAAAGAACUCACACAGGAGAGAAGCCAUAUUGCUGUUCUAAAUGUGGUAAACAAUUUUCUGACAGAAGUAGUCUUCAGAGACACACUAGAAUUCAUACUGGAGAGAAGCCAUAUUACUGUUCUGAAUGUGGCAAAGAAUUUUCACAAAGGGACGGAUUUGAGAGCCAUAGAAGAAUUCACACUGGAGAGAAGCCAUUUUGCUGUUCUGAAUGUGGCAAACAAUUUUGUCGCCGGAGUAAUCUGCAGAGCCAUAAAAGAAUUCACACUGGAGAGAAGCCAUAUUACUGCAAUGAAUGUGGCAAACAAUUUAGUUACAAAAGUAAUCUUCAAAGCCACAACAGAAUUCACACCGGAGAGAAGCCUUAUUGCUGUAAUGAAUGUGGGAAAGAAUUCUCACAAAUAGGCAGCCUUCAGAGACACACUAAAAUUCACACUGGAGAGAAGCGGACCUGUAAUGACUAAAGAGGAAGGUUUACGCCUGUUUUGAUAGUAGGCACACCAAGAAAAAUUUGAACAAAUUAACUCUGAAAGAAGCCAUAAAAGAAGUUAAUUGGUCAGUGAAAAUAAAGGAACAGAGGAAGGAAUGAAAUGUAACUCUCCAAGCUACUUAAGUCUUGAUGAGUUCCUUCACAUGGGGGCAUUUUGUGCACGAUCCAUACCACACUUCGUCAAAGUGAAACUACGUUUAUCUUAUAUAUAAACGUUUAUGUGUGGAAGUGUGUUUGUCUGUCUGUCUAGCCUGGAAAGUGUGAGGGUACUGCGUGAAGCUCAAAGAAAGCGAUUCUGUUGCCAAAGUGAAAGCGCAGAGAAAAAAAAUUCGCUUAGCUGCUAAUACACAAGUGAGGCGAGCACAUCGGCAAAACGAGACCUCUGAGAAGAGAGAAACUCGCUUGGCCACUGAUAGACAAUGGAGGCGAGCAAGUCAGCAAAACAAAACCGACAAAAAAUGAGAACCUCGCUUAGCUGCUAAUGCAGAACCGAUGUGAUUGAUUGAUUGGAUUGCCAGAAUCCAUGGUUUCUAGGAGCCAGGGCUUACACAGCUGGUAGUAUAAUAAGAUCAAAAAAAGUCAUUCAUACUGGAUGAGUGUCUCUCAGGAUAAAAAUGUGUCCAUCAUCUGCCUUGCCACUUGGGUAGGUGAUGGUGAUGGCAAUAGUGCAGUAUCUACAAAGGAAGAGAAGAAGACCUCCAAUGUACUGUCGGUCUACAAAGGACAUGGACAGUGAAACUGAUUAGACCACAAAGGUGCAAUUUGAGCAAGAAAUGAGGAGAACUGGACACUGAAGAAAAAGAGAUCAUGUACUGCUAAUGUCAUUCAAUAAAUCCACAAUUUAUGACUAAAGGAUAUGCCAAGAAACCUCAAACAAAACUCAAGCCCACAAAAGUAAUCCCUACAUCCAUAUAAAAUAAGAUAAUUGAAGCAAACCUAACAUCUCUUAUUGGAACAAUUAAAGAAAGAAAGCAAAUAAACUGACAGACAUUAGAAUCCUUCCAAAGAACAGCAACAGAAGAAAUAAUACGGGGAAAUGGACACGAUCUAGAAGCCGUGUGAAUAGAACUAGCAAAGACCUGGGAUGAAGAAAACAGGAGAAACCUCAUGUGGUGUGGCAUUUAUACCAACAUGAAAGCAUCAGCAGCCAAACUUUAAAAAAAGAGGAAACGGACAUAUCUGAAAAGAAAUUCAGAAAUAAAUACCCACACAUGGAUGGACACACUUGGAAAAUGGUCAUCACCUGAAAAUAAAAUACAUUUUAAUCAAAUGACUCUUAAAUAAUGAUAUGCAAAAAAGAGAAGUCUUGGAUAAUAGGGAUGGAAGAACACUAAAUUGAAAGCGACAAUAAAUGCUCAACACAACCUUCCCAAAGGCCAGAAAAGACGACAGCACCAGAUGCGCUAGAAGCGGAGUGAACCGAAAUAGAAAAACCAACAAGAAAGAAUAGCGGCAGAAAUGUCACUCAAAGGAAAGAAGUGAAGAGAAAACCCCUUAAAAUAAAAAAAACUAGAAAAGACUUCAUUAAUGGAGGACAAAGAAAUCAGAGAAGAGCUCCUGAACCUGAUUGACGUGGACAAGUGCAUAGAAAUACAGAGAAGAGAGACGUUACUGACAAUAUCAUUGAUGAUACAACACACAGUAUUAUAGCUAAGGUCAACAAGGCCAUAACUGUAAUAAAGCAAAGCCAACAAGAUAUAAUGGAAAUAACAACAGUCAGCAGGAUCAGAAGUGUGCAGCCAAGCUCAUCACUUGAAAAGUGACAGUACAGAGGAAAAUAAGAGUAAGGAGAAAUAGGCCUAUGUAGAGUCCAUCAGGGAUGAAACAAGUUUAAUUAAAAAUAAUCCUCUCCUUAAUAGCAACCCACUGAGAAGGUGUGAAAUUGCACAAAAUCUUAGCCAAAAUACAACCAUUGAAACCACAGUAUUGACUACUAAGAUAUGAAGGCUUGAACCUGGAUGAAAUACAACUCUUUAAAAUUAAACUGCAACAAAAACCGAAGUCCCGCUAAUUGGCACUAAAUCUCAGCUUAAGAACAUGAGCUCCUUUUCAGUCACCUUUGGUAAGGAUGUCAUCAGACCUUCGUCUUUUUCUGGUUAUAAUCUUGGUGUCGUUUUUGAUUCCUCCUGUUCUUAUUCUAACCACAUACACCCCAUUAAGAAACUUUCUUACUUCCCCCUUUGUAACAUUUCCCGUGUUUGCUCAUUUCUCUCCUCUUCCAAUGUUGAGAAACUUGUCCAUAUAUGCCAUACCGAUUACUGGAUCUCAAUACUAGCAGGUGCCACUUCAUAUUGAUUUAUCACUACUCCAUUUGGUUCAAAGCUCUGUUG